AAGAAGUGAGAAACAGGCAAAGUUGAAAUAACAAAAAGACACACAAAGUUGAGUCAACGUCGUCCUUGGAAUAUUUGACCGACCAAUCCGUAACCGCUUGUGACUGUAUUUUUCCUUAAAACCUUUUGAGAUUAAAAAUAAAUGAGUUCAAGACUUUUAUUGGUCUCGCAGUUUCGUUUUUUUGGCUUUGGAGGAGGAUGCCUUUUGAUUUGUUGUUGUUGUUGAAUCCCUUUUUGUCUUUUGAGAUUUCCUUCCUUUCGUUCAUACCACUCUCCUUGACUUUCUUCCCUUUUUAACAUUGAUUCUCGUGUUCCUUUCUACUUUGCUUUGUCUUUUUGCCUUUUCUCUAUUCUCUCUUUCGUAAAGCCCAAUCUCUAUUCGUCUUCUGGGUAAGUUCUCGUCUUCUUCUUAGCUUUCUUCUGGUUAAAAAAUUCAAUCUUGCUGCUUAGUUCUAUAGAGAGAAAGAGAGAGGCUUUUGCUCAGUGUUUGACUUAAAGUCUUACUUCGUUGUGUGUUCAGACUUGAGCUAUAUUCCAGACACGAUUUGUUCUUUUGAGUCUUUUGAUCUGACUUUUCAUUAGCCUCGCUGGUUUUGGAUCAAAGUCUCACCCUUUAACUAACUCUCAACUCCUCAGUGGCAUGAUCUUCUCGAAGACUUUAUCUUGAGUUCUUUUGGAGUAUAUAAAAAAAAAAGUUAUGGGGAGUUUUUGCUCUAGGAGCCUAGGAAUCAAUAUUGGCAGCAGUGAGUAUUCAGGUUCAAGUUUAGCUGAUGAUGUUUCACCUAGCCACGUCACUUUGUUUGGUCCUGGUACGAGGCAGUGUAUGGUUAAAGACGCUAACGAACAAAGCCAGUUGAAAGAUGUAUUCUCUUUCCGCGAAAAGGAAGCAGUAGAAGAAGAUCAUUUAUACGAUGGCAUUCCGAGGCUACCUCCACCGCAGAAACCUCGGUCUACAAGAUAUACUCAAACCGCUGUUUCAAAGGUUACAGAGGCGAGUAUGCUUCUAGGGAAAGCGGGUUUAGGUAAAGCCAAAGAUGUUUUGGAUACUCUUGGGAGUAGCAUGACGGAUCUAAGCAGCGGUGGAUUUGCUUCUGGAGUUGCAACUAAAGGGGAAGAGCUUCGGAUCUUAGCCUUUGAAGUAGCGAACACAAUCGUCAAGAGCUCAAAUCUCAUUGAAUCACUUUCUGAGGAGAACAUCAUGCAUUUGAAAGAAAUUGUUCUGUACUCCCAGGGUGUUCAGAAUCUUGUCUCCAAUGAUUUUGAUGAGCUCCUCAGACUUGUUGCUGCUGAUAAGAGGCAGGAGCUGGAAGUUUUCUUGGGAGAAGUGGUUCGGUUUGGAAACAGAUCUAAAGACUUUCAGUGGCAUAAUUUGCAGCGCUACUUCGACAGGAUCAGCAAAGAACUAACCCCUCAAAGACAGUUGAAUGAAGACGCUGUGUUAGUUGUUAAGCAACUGAUGGUUCUAGUGCAGUAUACAGCUGAACUAUACCAAGAACUCCAAGUAUUGGAUCGGUUGCAGAAAGACUAUGACCAAAAGCGCAGAGAAGAAGAGAACUCAGCUAGUAGCAGUAAAGGAGACGGUCUUGCAAUCUUGAAAACGGAACUUAAAUCUCAGAAAAAGAUAGUGAAAAGCUUAAAGAAAAAGUCCUUGUGGUGCAGAGGUUUUGAAGAGGUGAUGGAGAAACUGGUAGACAUUGUACAUUUCUUGUUGCUAGAGAUUCAUAAUAUCUUCGGUGAUGCUGAUGAUAAACCAUUGAAGAAAGGAGCUGCAGAUUCUGAUAAAAGAUUGGGACCUGCUGGUCUUGCUUUACAUUAUGCAAAUUUAAUUGUGCAGAUUGAUACACUUGUCGCCCGUUCAAGCUCUAUAACUUCAAAUGCAAGGGAUUCUCUAUACCAAAGCUUGCCACCUAGUAUAAAACUGGCUCUUCGUUCCAAGAUUAAGUCCUUCAAAGUCGAUAAGGAGCUUUCGGUUACACAAAUUAAGGAUGAGAUGGAGAGGACACUUCAUUGGCUUGUCCCUAUUGCAGCCAACACAACCAAAGCUCAUCAUGGUUUCGGUUGGGUUGGAGAGUGGGGAAGCACAGGAACUGACUUCACGAGUAAGCCUAGUGGUGGAGAUACACUAAGGAUCGAGACACUCUAUCACGCUAGCAAAGAAAAGACAGAGAACUACAUUCUCGGACAGAUCAUUUGGUUACAGCAUUUGGUUACAAAAGCAAAGAGCGACGCUCAAGGAGCUUCUAGACUUUCUUCUAUCAAAUCUUCGUUUAAUAGUUCGAACCAGCAGUUGACAUCUGAACCACUCGGUGUCCCAUUAGUAACGGUUGAGGAGCAAAAGAUGUUACAAGAGGUGAUCAGAAGAGAGAGGACUCCAUGUGUUAGCAAGAGUCAAGACUUUGAUUCUGAGCACUACUCGCGGGUGAGGAAGUGCGACCCUUUGAGCAAAAGCAGUGAGUAUUUUCGUGGAGUGAGGAGAAGCAAAUCAGUUGCUGCGGUGAAGAGGUUUUCUUCUGGCUUUUCACUUGUUGAUUUUGUUAUCGACAAGGAAAAAGCGUUGGAUGUGAUUGAUCGUGUCGAUGUGCCGAGAGAUUAUAGAGCAUUGCUGAAAGAAGGUAGCUUGAGCUUCUAGUGGAGAGUGGCGUUUUAGUGGACUCAUAUAUGCUUAGUUGUAUAUAAGAUAAAGGCUAUGGAAGAAGCUGUUACGUGACAACAUGUUAGAUCAUAUACAAUGAUACACUUUUCAGAAAACUAGUAUCACAGUACCUAAGAUGGUUUCAAAUACAA